GGAGCACGGCGACAAAUGCGACUCCCGAACAUCCCGGAGGCAACGACGGGAGAAAGCCACCCCUUGAAUGAUUAUUUCAGCAUCCAUCGCGGGGAGAGACCAGGCUCCUUUCCCGGUCCCUCCGUUAACCUAAUAUCGUGCAUCUUGCAAUCGAUAGCUCUCGGCUUGGCAUCACGACCGAGAGGAGGUCGUCAGUUAGGUCACUCAGCUCCUCACUCCUCGUCAAACGUUCCGUGCGGAGUGUCUCACGCGUGUCACGUCAGUUCUCUAAUCUCAGUAAGGCUCUUCACGUCGACAAGCAGUUGCGUCAAAAUGCCAAUAAAAAGCAUCAAGGCUCGUCAGAUCUUCGACUCCCGUGGAAACCCCACAGUAGAGGUCGAUCUUGUCACCGAUCUUGGACUCUUCCGCGCAGCAGUACCAUCCGGCGCGUCUACUGGCGUUCACGAAGCCCUGGAAUUGAGGGACGACGAUAAGUCAAAGUAUCAUGGAAAGUCCGUUUUUAAAGCUAUUGAAAACAUCAACUCUAUCAUUGCUCCUGAAUUGUUAAAGGCCAACUUGGAGGCUACGCAGCAAACGGAGAUCGAUAACUUCAUGCUGAAGCUGGACGGCACGCCGAAUAAAUCCAAAUUUGGAGCGAAUGCAAUUUUGGGUGUCUCUUUAGCAGUUUGCAAAGCUGGUGCUCAGAAAAAAGGCUUACCUUUAUACAAAUACAUUGCUGAGUUGGCUGGCAAUAAUGACAUUGUCUUGCCAGUGCCAGCAUUCAAUGUUAUUAAUGGCGGUUCUCAUGCUGGCAACAAGCUGGCUAUGCAAGAGUUCAUGAUCUUGCCUACAGGCGCAUCCAAUUUCACAGAAGCGAUGAAAAUGGGCAGUGAAGUCUACCACCACCUGAAGGCAGGAAUCAAGAAGAAGUUCGGUCUCGACGCCACAGCGGUCGGCGACGAGGGCGGCUUUGCACCGAACAUCUUGGAAAACAAGGAAGCCCUUAAUUUGAUCAUAAACGCCAUUAAGACCGCUGGUUACGAAGGAAAGAUCAAAAUCGGCAUGGACGUAGCCGCCUCCGAGUUCCACAAAAACGGGAAGUACGACUUGGAUUUUAAGAACGAGAAAUCUGAUCCGAGCACGUAUCUGGAACCAGAAGCGCUGAAGAACUUAUACUUGGAGUUUGUCAAAGAAUUCCCGAUCGUAUCGAUUGAGGAUCCCUUCGAUCAGGACGGCUGGGAUUCUUGGACGUCCAUGACCGCUGCCACCCCCAUUCAAAUUGUCGGUGACGAUCUUACCGUCACGAAUCCCGAGAGAAUCAAGACGGCUAUUGAGAAGAAAGCCUGCAACUGUCUGCUGUUAAAAGUCAAUCAAAUCGGUAGCGUGACCGAGUCUAUCAACGCUCAUAAUCUCGCCAAGAGUAACGGUUGGGGUACCAUGGUCUCUCAUCGUUCUGGAGAGACGGAAGAUACGUUUAUCGCCGACUUGGUCGUUGGUCUCUCGACAGGCCAAAUUAAGACGGGCGCGCCCUGCCGCUCGGAACGCUUGGCCAAGUAUAAUCAGAUUUUACGUAUCGAGGAGGAGCUUGGCGCGGCCGCGAAAUAUGCCGGAGAGAAGUUCCGCAAUCCUCACGCUUAAAUGAUGUUAUAAUUACCAGUGCAUUAUCGCUAAAUUUGAGCAGUUCGUGAUAUUAUAUGAAUCAAUUGUUCAUUUUUGUGAUCAUACUAGAUGCAGCGUAGUUUGAAGUCAUCCUUAACUCAGAUAAACGAUAUUCAUGAUAAACGAUGAUACGCAUCAUGAACAAUAAUCGCGAUUAUGUCAAAUACGACGCAGUUAUUAUUCUAGGAAUUCAGGGAACGAAGACUACAGAGAGUAAAAUUGUAAAACGUGCAUCAUUAUAAUUUUCCCUCUUUUUUUUUUUUAGUAAUUUAUUCAGGCCAAUUUUCAUUUUUAUUUUUACGAGAUUAUAAUGUUAUGAAUAAUUAAUGAUUCUGUCAACUGUACGUUUAGAACUCUACAAAUAAUAUAUUGGAGGGAAAUGUAUCGGAAAGCGAAUAUAUACACGUCAAAGAAGUAUAUUCAUAAAUAUACAAAAAGUGUAUAGUAAUUAUAGACAUGUCUAUACAUGUACGAAGAGAAAGACAGUUGAGAGGAUAAUAAAGUUUUAUUCCAGUGUCAAUGUGUGUUCAAACAUAUACAAGAAUGAUUACAGUAAACUUUAUCUCCAAAACCAUAUCUGUAAAAACACAUCUAAUAAAGUUCAAA